AUGGUGGUGCCGCUUGCGCUACAGGAGGGCUUUUGGACAGCGUAUUGCACUUACUUCGUAAUGGGCUUCCUGGAGGGGCCAUCAUUCCAAACCACCGGCUCGAUGCUGUCAAAGUCGAUCCAUGCCAAGGAGCGUGCCACGGCAUCUUCUUUGGCCGACUCAGGAGGAUCCGUGGGCCGCUUGCUUGCUCUUGGAGGGGGUGGUUGGCGAGCCGCGCGUGAUUGGCAGACCCGAUGCUUAGGCCCAGAGGAUGUCUUGGCGCAUAUUGUUUUCGUGGCUCAUCUUUGCAGUGUUCUAUGCGCAUGCCAAUGCCGUCUUCGACUUCGGCAGGUGCUUGGUGUGCCAGCAGCAACAGCGGCCUUUUACAUGAUGUGCCCGCAGGUGCUGGAAAUAUGCAAAACACUUCAAGUCUUCAAGCCUCUUCUUCGGACGCUCCGGACAGGACUCAGUGGAGCAAAGAACGCUUUUCUGCGCCAAAGCACAGCGCACUUCCUGGGAGCAUGA